GGCGUCGCGGAGUUACGUUUCUUUGGGCGCGACAGACUUCAUUGAAAGUCCCUAAGAGCUGGUGGGGGUUGUAGGGGUAAUCCGGUAGGGCGUCUGGCGCUGCAAGGGCUUGAAGUGUUCAGGAGUCCCCCUUCGUGAGGCCGUGUCCCCCUUCGCCCGGCUCCGAGUGCUCUCCGGCCGCUGGCCCGCUCUCGAAAACCACGGAAGCUAGGUAACAAAGAGUUCGUCCCGCCGUCCGCCCCCCGGGCUGCGGGACCCAGGAGAGGAGCGGCUAGGGAUGUACACGGGCCGGGCCGCUAGUCCUGGAUCGCAGCGGUGAGGAGCGCGGCCCGCGGCCGAGGCGCUGGUGCGGGCCGAGGGACCAGCGCCUCCUUCCUCGCCGCCCGCGGAGUCCGGAGCGCAGGUAUCUCCGCUCCCCUGGACGCUACCUGGGAAAGUGGCUUCAGCGACUUCCGGCGGUGGCGUCUGGCCCUCAGCUGCCCCAAAUUGCGCUGCUCGGGGUUUCUCUGCAGGACUUGCAAGACCCGGCUGUUCCUCGAGUUGUUCAGAAGCUUUGUGUGAAGAAGUCCGACGGGAGUGGUUUUUGCUUGUAAUAAAAAGUUUUUCUAAGACUCCGUUUUUUAGAAAAUUUUCCGGAGUUUGCAAUACUCUACCUCCUCUUUUCUCCUGCUCCUAGAGGGCUUUUCUUCUUCAGCUAUAAACAUUUUUUGCUGUCAACGGAGCAGAGCAGGGAUGAACAUUUUGUAAUUGAAAGUAUCAUUUAAACACGUCGGAGCAGUAGUCAAGAUGGACAAAAAGUCCUUUGAAAUGGUGCUGGAUGAAAUCAGAAAGGCUGUUUUGACAGAAUACAAGUUAAAAGCAAUUGAAUAUGUGCAUGGAUACUUCUCUAGUGAACAGGUGGUUGAUUUACUGAGAUACUUUUCCUGGGCUGAGCCUCAAUUAAAAGCAAUGAAGGCAUUACAGCAUAAAAUGGUGGCUGUUCACCCAGCAGAAGUAGUCAAUAUACUCAAUUGUUUCACUUUCAGUAAAGACAAGCUAGUUGCUCUUGAACUGUUAGCUUCGAAUAUUGUUGACGCGCAGAAUUCACGUCCCAUUGAAGAUUUAUUCAGGAUAAAUAUGUCUGAGAAGAAACGUUGCAAGAGAGUACUUGAACAGGCUUUCAAGGGAGGUUGCAAAGCUCCCCAUGCUAUGAUAUCUUCUUGUGGGACAAUCCCAGGAAAUCCAUAUCCCAAAGGAAAACCUAGUCGUAUAAAUGGAAUUUUCCCAGGAACCCCUUUGAAAAAAGAUGGUGAAGAAUGUACGAAUGAAGGCAAAGGAAUAGCUGCACGGAUUCUUGGACCAUCCAAACCACCUCCUUCAACGUACAAUCCGCACAAACCUGUUCCUUAUCCAAUACCUCCAUGCCGGCCACAUGCAACUAUUGCACCAAGUGCUUACAAUAAUGCAGGUCUGGUACCGUUAGCCAAUGUCAUAGCUCCAGGUGUACCGCCUCCACCUCCAUAUACUCCUAAUCCAGUAGGAACAGAAAAUGAAGAUCUUUCCAAUCAGUCAAAACCUACACAGAAUCAAACAUUUUCCACCCCAGCAAGUCAACUCUUUUCACCUCAUGGCUCUAACCCUUCAACACCUGCUGCAACUCCUGUCCCCACCGCAUCGCCUGUCAAGGCAGUAAAUCACCCAUCAGCAUCAGUGGCUGCCACCAUUGCUGGAAUGAAUGUACCAAAUGCUGUCCUUCCUGUGUUCCCAGGACAGGUCUCCUCAGCCAUCCAUACACCUCAGCCUUCGAUGCCAAACCCCACAGUGAUCAGGACCCUUUCAUUGCCUACUGCACCUGUAACUUCCAUCCACAGUACAAACUCUGCUCCUGUCCCUUCCAUUUUUUCUGGCCUAGUGCCAUUGCCAGGUCCUACUGCUCCUCCUGCCCUGACCCCUCAGGCUAUGUCUGCACCUCGGUCCACUCUUGCUUCCAGUGAAACAUUUGCUUCCACUUCUGCUCCGUACGCUCGCCUCUCCUUUUCCACCAACACUACUGCUGCUUCUACCAGUAACCCCAAUUCUGCCUCAUUGUCAUCGGUUUUUGCAGGUCUCCCCUUGCCCUUAACGCCAACUUCCCAAGGUGCAGUCAACCCAGCUCCCUCUGUGAUUACUGGUGGUUCUGCUCCCAGUGUUGCUGGUUCACUUGCAAUAAAUAAUCCUCUUUUAUCUGCUUUAAAAGGCUUUCUGACAUCGAAUGACACCAAUUUAAUCAACAACUCUGUUUUGUCAUCUGCUGUUACAAGUGGGCUGGCUUCGUUAUCUUCUCUUCCUAAUCAGAGUUCUGAUUCCCCUGCCGCAGCCCCUAGCAAGUGCUAUGCCCCAUCAGCCCUUCCUGCCCCACAGAGAUCUUCUACUCCUGGGCUGGCCUUGUUCCCAGGCCUGCCGUCUCCUGCGGCUGCCUCCACCACCACUCCCCCUACGCUGCCUGUGCAGUCUCCUUUGGCUGCUGUUACAUCCACUUCAGCAUCAGUGCCAGUGAGCUGUGGCUCUUCAGCUACCCUCUUGCAUGGCCCCCACCCAGGCACUUCAGACCUGCACAUUUCAUCCACCCCUGCUGUGACAACUCUUCCUGUUAUGAUCAAAACUGAGCCCACCAGUCCCACUCCCUCUGCCUUCAAAGGCCCAUCUCAUCCCGUGCACCCUCCUUGUGGCACUUUAGGCUUGUCAGGGACGCUGGGCCGUGCGUACACUUCUACAUCCGUGCCCAUCAGUUUAUCUACUUGCCUUAAUCCCGCACUGUCAGGUCUGUCCAGCUUGAGCACCCCCUUAAAUGGCUCCAAUCCCCUGUCCUCCAUUGCCCUUGCACCGCACGCUUCCUCCGCUCCCAUUGCUCCGGUGUUCACUGCGCUUCCUCCGUUCACUUCUCUGACUAAUAGUUUUCCUUUACCUGGCAACCCCUCUCUUAACCCACCAGUGUCUCUUCCAGGGUCCUUAGUAACCACCUCAUCCGGCUCCGCCACCUCCACAGCCAUGCCUCCUCCCAGCUCCGCUGCGGCUGUUCUCUCAGGGCUCCCCGCUUCCGCACCGGUCUCGGCAGCGCCUUUCCCCCUCAACUUGUCUACUGCUGUGCCCUCGCUUUUUUCAGUUACCCAAGGACCUCUGCCCUCCUCCAACCCUUCCUACCCCGGCUUCUCCGUCUCUAAUGCUCCUAGCGUUACCCCUGCUCUCUCUUCGUUCCCGGGACUGCAGCCGCCCUCCACCGUCUCAGCUGUCACACCACUGCCUGUCGCAGCCACGGCUCCCUCACCAGCGCCCGUCCUCCCGGGAUUCGCUUCGGCAUUUAGUUCUAAUUUCAACUCUGCUCUUGUUGCACAAGCUGGUUUGUCAUCUGGACUCCAGGCUGCAGGCAGCUCUGUUUUUCCAGGCCUCCUGUCCCUGCCAGGUAUCCCGGGGUUUUCCCAGAACCCUGCACAGUCAUCCCUGCAAGAGUUACAGCAUAACGCAGCUGCGCACUCAGCACUGUUGCAGCAGGUCCAUUCAGCUUCGGCUCUAGAAAGCUAUCCAGCUCAGCCUGAUGGCUUUCCAAGUUACCCCUCCACACCAGGAACGCCGUUUUCUUUGCAACCGAGCCUGUCCCAAAGUGGGUGGCAGUGAAUAUUUUUGAAUUUUUAUUCUUGGGAACAACAUGAAAUUUGCAUAAGAACUGCAGUAAGAAAUCUGACACGUGAAGUCAGCCAGCAGUCAGAAGAGGAAGAUGAGCCUAGAAAAAUUAUGACAAGUGUGAAAAUCCUAAUUGCAUUUUGAAAAAUGGUUUUUGGUAUAAAUACUGUCCACUCCCUCAUGUAAAUAUGCUGACAAUAAAUUGUAAGGGAAAUAGUAUUUAAAAAAUUAUUUGGGGACUUUCACCUCCCAUCCUACAAAAUUUUAAAUCAAGUAUGUGGUCUUCAUAGAAUAUUAAAAGAGAAAAAUGAAUUCUUUAUAGCCGAAUACAGCCUUAAAUCUGCUUGUAUAGCAUCCAUGGACAGAAGUAAUAGUUGUGCCUCAAAUGGAUGGGUUGCAUGUGGCCCUGGGGAGUUACCUGCCCUUGGUAUGCAUGAGUGGUUCCUGUUAGUGUCAGUUGGAACUCAGUGUUCCACAUAGAUCCACAGAAAGGAACUGGAGACCCACUAUUGUUUUUAAUUUCUAAUAUUUAUGGUCAUACAUACUGCUGAAUUUUACUCAUGUUUCAGGUAAGUGGAAAUGGUGCUUAAUUAUGAAUUAUGUAGUCUCUAGAAUGACUUUCAGGUGUUUUCAACUAAAACUAUAUAUACAGAACUACUUUCUUACAGAAAUACAAAGAAGGCUUCCUAUGAUACUUGCCUUCAGAACAACUUUUCCUAAUCUCAGCAGUAUCCAGAUGAAUGAGAGACACUUGGGCCACCUCUAUGACUCAUUGUACUCUGGAAGCUCUUGGUGAAUGUUUACAAUCAUGGGAUGUAGUAUUUUUAUUUGUAUUUAAAUCAAAUGCUUAUCUGAAAUAAUUAUGUGACAGCAAAUAGAGAAGACUUGCUCUGUUAGAAAAAUAAGCAUUGUGUACUCUAUUUAAGGACCUAUGAUAAUAUAACAUGAUUGAAUGUCAUUAACUUAAGAGUAAUAACUGCCACACUGGGGUGGGGGGAUGGGAGAGAGAAUUCCAAUCCUGUGAUUCACAUGUAAACUAGAGAGUCUACUGUAGUGCAUUUCAGCAUCUAGAAGUUUUACUUUUAUAAAGAUGAUGUCUGGAAGAUGUUGCAAAUGUAUUUUCCUUCAACAUGGGGAACAGACUUUUUAAGUAUAUUAAAUAUUCCUGUACGGUUAGUUUUUAACAAUUUUUUAAAAUAAACUUUAUGGAUAUGACAAA